ACAUAUGAGUAUAAAAUAUAUUUCAAUUAUCAUUGCCUCCUCAAGUUAACUUAUACCCUAGUCUAAUGAUACGAAAUUUAAUUAGGUACUCAUUGCUCAAUGGAAACUGAAAAUGAAUACAUUUUAAUCAAUGUAAAAUGUGAUUAAAGAUAAAUGCUUGUGAAAGAGACAUAGUCUUAAUCAACAUCAACAUACGAGUAUAUUAUCCAUAAAGGUUCCAUUACAUCCAUAAGUAAAAUCAUUAAUUUUCUCAUCGUUCUAAGAAGACAUUUUCAACUGAAAUCUGAUUUAUUUGAUCUUUUGAAGUUUUGAGAUCGUGUCAUUUUCGUUGUUAAUAUGAUUUUGUCAAUAAAAAAAUCGGUUAUACUAUUUACGUCCAUUUUUUUGAUUUUUAUUCAACAUCGAUCAAAUGCUACUCCUGUAACACUAUCGAAACAAAACAAUAGGACCCAAUGGAAUGCAUAUUCAGAAUUUCAAACCAUAAGAUAUAAUUUGAGUGUUGAUCGUAACGUUUUUGAAGGACAUGGCAGGAGGCCUGAAUCUUAUACCAUACGUGAGAACAUGACUCCCGCCACUGAAAAUGAAACAAUAUGCAAAUGGAUAGUCGAGUUUGUUUGGGAGAAGACCGAAUACGACCACGUUUGGAGUUAUUUAUAUUUUCAAUUGGAUGAUGACGGUAAAGCCGGAAGAGCAAUGGCGAAUCUCAAAGCUGCACUUCUUGAUGACUGUGGAAGAGAGGUGCAUUCAAAAGAAGAUUUUCGGGUACUUGAUGCUGGGGGAGAGAAAAUACGAUGGUGGCAUUUCAUCGAUUUUGACAAAUUGAACGGAAAUCCGUUCGUACAAAAAAACCCAUUCAUUAUUUCUAUAGAGAUAUCCUAUUAUUAUUCUCGAUGCAGCAAUUUAACGUAUCAACAAAACAUGAUCUCACCAGAACCCAACACCACGAAAUGUGUUCCAUUAGAUAAUUUUAUCUCUUUACUAGGAAAUCAAGAUUAUGCAGAUGUCAUUCUACUAGCAAAAGGCAAAAAUUAUUCGGCUCAUAAAGCUGUUUUGGCAGCACGUAGUGAAGUUUUCCCAACCAUGUUUCAAAACAAUGAACACGGUGAUAAAAAACAUCGAAAAAUUCGAAUCGAUGUUACCGACAUAGAUGCAGAAGUUAUGGAUGAAUUGUUGCGAUACAUUUACACGGGAAAAUGUCAAAUUUCAGAUAAACUAGCCGAGCGACUUUAUGCAGCAGCAGAUGCAUAUAAGCUAAAAGAGUUGAAAACAAUUAGUUUGAGAUCGAUGGUUGAAACAUUAUCUGUUAAAAAUGCAGUAAAUGUGUUGAUAUUUGCGGAUAAGCAUCACAUGAAGGAUUUGAAAUCAACAGUUACUCAGUUUAUCGUUGAAAACUCUGCCCAGGUGUCGAAUACUACCGAAUGGAAGAGUAUGGUAAUACCUAAUGUUCAGUUACUUACCGAAUUAUGUCAAAUUUUUAUGCAACGAUUGAGUACGUCCGUGCCAUGUGAAUUCUUUUGUAAGUCAGUUUUAGCAAAGAAAUUAGAGUAGGUACCUACCUUGUAAAUUGAGGUAGUUCUAAUCAAAACUGUAAAAUUGUAAAUUACUUACCUAAGGAAUUAAAUUAAAGAAUUGGUUUCGA